AUGGCCACCGACAAUACAAAGUACUAUGAGCUCUACCGCCGAAGCAGCCUGGGCGGCUCUCUCACAGACACGCUGGAUCACCUCAUUACUGAACGCCGAAUAGAGCCCCAGCUUGCCAUGAAGAUUCUCGCCAACUUUGACCGGGCUGUGGCCGAUGUGCUUUCUGAGAAGGUCAAGGCACGGUUGACAUUCAAGGGACAUCUUGACACAUACCGCUUCUGCGACGACGUCUGGACCUUCAUUAUCAAGGACAUCAACUUUAAGCUCGAUAAUACCCACCAGAUCCACGCCGACCGCGUAAAGAUCGUCAGUUGCAAUGCGAAACGUCCUGGUGAAGCAUAA